CAUGAGCAAGCGACGGCACGAAGCAAGCUCGUUCGGACCGCUUCUGGGCGACAGCAAGAUCACGACGGCGGAACGGCGGGCCAUUCGGUGCAGAGAGCGCGAAAUCUUGCAGGAGUUGCGAGAGAGGAGCGCCGAAGCGUCGCAGCUGACCAGCACGAUCUUUCAGUCGAAAGCAAAGGAGCUUGAUGCGAUCUACACCCAAGUGGUGUACCCGCGGGAAGCCAACUUGGACGCGUGCAAUCUGGACGAGUUUAGCAACCUCGUGGUGAAGCAAGCAGGACUUAUGAGUGCCAGCGACUUGACUAAGUUUGACACGGGGCAAUUCAUCAACUCUGCCAAGGCUAAAUGCUGUUGCGAGGACACGGAAUCGGUGUUCGAUUGGUCGCGGAUGGGUUCUGCUGUCGGUCCGUGCUUUCAAAGCACAGUUGGUGUGAAUUUUAUGUAUGGAUCGAUGGACACCCAACUGGUGACCAAGGAACGUCGCGCGCCGCGCCGCCGUCGAGCGGAGAACUUGGAUGAAGAAGAAGUUCGGCCCACGCAAAUGACGAAAAACAGUCUUGUGCAAGAAGAUGUUCAAGCGAAUCGGAUGAACGUCCUCAUCGAGACUAUCCAAGAGGUCGGUACCAGUGGCCUCUUCGACUUGUGUUUGAACCCCAAGAGCUUUGCGCAGACGAUCGAAAACUUGUUUGACAUAUCGUUUCUCAUUCGCGAUAACAGAGUCAAGAUCAAAAUAGACGACAACGGGCUUCCCCAAAUUAUCCCCAAGAAAGGGAUCACGGGCGAACUCCCCAACCCGACGCAGACGAUCAUCAGUCUCACGUACGAGCAGUGGGAGAAACUGGCGCCGAUGUAUGGGGAGCCGAUCCUGGGCAAUCGACCACCGCCGCUUGCGUAGUGGGCGGCAAAUUGAAAAAUGCGAGUUUGGAUCUACUUUCUUCGCGCGUUUUUUUUCACUUGUUUAAUCUAUACAACGUUCGC